AUGGGCAACAGCCAGGGGAAAGAGUCUCAGCCGCCCUCGAGAGGCCAUGUGCGCCGCUCGAGUGCCCAGGCCAUCGCCACUUCGCCCACAGCUGCCCCGUCCGGGCCCAGCGGAUCGGUGCCUGAGAGAGCAGCGAGUGGUGUAGGCCUGUACAGCGCGAGGAGCGGCAGGGGAAGCAGGCACGACCUGUCCUUCCUGGGCAUAGGGGGAGGAGCCACCAACCCCGAGCGCGAUCCCGCACUGGAGCCGCGGCGCGAGACAAAGGCUGAGCGCGAAGCCCGCAAGCUGGAGAAGGAGCGAGUGCUGAGGGCUCAGGAGCGCGAGCGGAGCAUCAAAGAGGAGGGCGUUGACGGAGCUUUCCUCGUCACCCUCGGAACAUACACCGGACCCGAGGAUUUCAGUAAACCGACCGUGCGCCAGUUGCAGAUCGAGCGGCGCCUGGCUCCCUUUUGGAAAGGCCUCGAUGACCACUCCGACACAUGGACCGAACACCAGCUCGUCGCUGUAGCGAACGGCCUGCCCCUACCCGCUCCAGACGAGAUCCCACCGGAAGAGCCGCCCCGACGGGUCAACCACCUCAGCCCGCAGUGGAAUCCCCGCUCCUCCGACCCCAACAUCAACAGCCUCACAGUCCCCAUGGGAUCUCGCUCCAUGUCCCAGAACUCGGACCGGUCUGGCACCCUCUCGCCUUCACAUCCCGCCUUCUCUCUGCCCUCGCCAACUUCCCCGAUUGCCCAGAAUACCCAAAACACGACGGCCUCAUCUCCCUUUUUCCGUGGCCGGGCCAAGACCCUGGCCUCUCUUGCUACCGGUUCGCGCAACGCCUCGCAGACUGACAUGGCUCCCCAGGAAAUGCAGCUUCCCAAGGACCCAUACGUCAACGGACAGCGAAUAGAGGUCUUCCUCUACAAGAACGCAGCCGAGUGUCCCAUCUGCUUCCUUUACUAUCCACCCUAUUUAAACAGCACCAGGUGCUGUGACCAGCCCAUUUGCUCCGAGUGCUUUGUGCAAAUCAAGCGACCGGACCCUCAUCCUCCUGAGCAUCAUGGAGAAGAGCCCGCUCCAUCCGCUGAACCGCAAGAAGAGAUACAGCUGGUAUCAGAGCCUGCCGCAUGUCCGUUCUGCGUGCAGCCAGAGUUUGGUGUUACUUAUGAGCCUCCGCCAUUCAGACGAGGCCUGAUCUUUGCACACCAGAGCCAGAACUUGCACAGCGCCACUUCUGCCAUGUCAUCUACCACUUCAGUCAAUUCAUCAGGUGUUACGUCCCCCGGAGGCAGGAGAAGGGCCACUUCGCUCGCGGUAAAUGACAAGACUGUCAUCACAACGGAUAUGGUGCGACCUGACUGGGCGAGGAAGCUGGCAGACGCAAAGUCGCAUGCUUUGCGAAGGGCUGCUGCCGCGACAGCUUUACACAAUGCUGCUUAUAUGAUGGGCAACACUCAACAACAGGAAGGUCGCGGAUUCAGCCUGGGCAGACGUCGACGGACCAUGUUUACUACCGAUAGCGCUGGCAGCAGCGGACAAGGCACCCCUCGCAGGGAAGGCGAAGGACCAUCCGGACGCGGAGAGAGCUCUGGCGAUCUCUUCUCUGGGAGGCUCAGCUCACGAAGAGGUGGAGGUAACAGACUCGACGACCUCGAAGAGCUGAUGAUGAUGGAGGCUAUCCGCCUAAGUUUGGCGGCCGAAGAUGACCGCAAGAGGAAAGACGACAAAGAUGCUGCCAAAGAAGCCAAGAAGGAAGGAAAGAAGAAGGCGAAGGAGAACAAAAAGGCUGCGAAAGCACAACGAAACAUCGGGAGCGGGUUCCAUCCCAUCAGUGUGGAUGGUCUAGACGACUCUGCAGGCAGCUCGUCUGCGGCAGAUAAGGGCAAGGCAGUGGACAGGUCAGGCGGCUCUGUUGGCUUCAACCCCAUGAGCGAGCCUACUUCGACUGCCAAUGCGGCCCCCUCGAAAGACGACGCACAAAGACACCUCGAGGAUAGCCGUGCGCAUAUUCACGCAGGAAGCUCGAGUAAUCUGGCCCCCUCUGAUGCUCUUCAGGGAGAUUCGCCAUCACAUCGCUCUGUCCUUCGAAACUUGUCGAAUGACUCCUCUUCCGUCUCCUCAUACUCUGAGUCUGUCCAAGACGCGGCGCGUGAUGGAAGCCAAACCAACCUUGCGGCUGGCUCUUUUUAUGAGCCAAGUCCCAGUGCUUCGGGGCUCAAUCUGAGUCGCGACGAGACGCCGCCUGGGCCUUUAUCUGGCACAGAACCCAUGUUCAACUUCAGUGCUCUCCAGGAAACCCUCAGUCACGGAGACGACAAAGCUGAGAACGGUACUCAGUAUAUUGAGGAUGUUCAUGAGGCACAACCCAACACUGCGCAAGACCCAUCAAACGUUGACGGUGCAGGCUCAUCUGCGAUCCCGGAUCCUCAGCCUUCAGAGCCUCUGGCUGAAAGCACUAUGACGCUAAAGGCAUCUGAGUAUUCAAGUGCUUCCAAGACCGACGUUGAUGACGAGAUCGGGCCCGCACUACCAGUGCAGCCUGUGUGCGACAACCACUCGUACGAUCAAAAACACAUUGGGGAAGUGGAUAUGCUAGACAACCGCCAAGGCCACCAAGCCACCCAGUAA